UUGUACAUGUGUAUAUCUGCCCUGCUGGUUCUCCAGCUAGUCUAAUUUUGAUUUAUAAAAUUUCUUGCAAUUCAUAAAAAAAAAGAGAGCUUUCAAUCACGCCGGUUUAGAGAGAGACACUCUCCUCCUCCAUGAAGUUGAUUCCCUUGUGUUUGCUGGUGGUUUUCUUGUGCUUGAUCUUCUCUUGGCUUCUUUUGUCUUUCCUGUUCUAAUUUUCAUCUCUUCCCCGGUUCCCUCUUUUAUGUUUUUCAUCUCUUCCCUAUUUCCCCCUCUUUUCUCUUUUCCCUCCAGUUCUUUUCAAAUGGCCAGAAAUAAAAGAAAGGCUACUGCUACAGUAGCACAUAGACAUGACACCUACAUGCUCUUGUUACAGUUCUCGAUGAUCAUGAUCAUGAUGGUUCAGUGGUCUUAGCCCUCAAAGCUGCUCCUGCUACCAAACCUAGUGCCGUUCUUCGUGAAUCCCACUCAGAUCUUCCCCCAUGCCUCUAUCUCAAACCAAUGAUGCGAGCCCUAAUGAUCUCCAACCUAUACCUAAGAUGGCAAUUGCUUCUGGAUCUAAGUCUUUAGAUGAGGUCCUGGUUGAAGAUUGCUUAGAUGAUGAGGAGAUUCUAGAAGAGGAACAACUAGAUUUCAAUUUCUCGGAUGAAGAUUGUGAUGGCUCCCCAAAAUCUCCUACCCUGCUCCCAGCUAAUAAAGUGUCUCCUUCUUAUCCUUUUGGAGGUCGAGUACCUGAUACAACCACUAUAACAGGUGGUGCAGUCGGGAUUAGACCAUCGUCAAGACAAGAACAACCCACAGGUGGAGUAGGGUCGUCACAUCAAUGAGAUGCCUAGGAAACCCAAUACACGAGCACC